AAAGAACCAAACGGGUGUUUUGUGUACAUUUACUCUGUUCCACGGUACUUUUAUUAUUAUUAUUAUUUUAACACACUCUUACACUGUCACCUCACACACACACACGCUCAUCUUUUUCCAUGCACGGCGUGUAUUAGUGUUCCUCUAACAGCCACGGCAUUUUGGUUGAGAUUUUUUGGACCCGUAGAUCCUCCACAGAAAUAAUAUGAUACAUGAUAUAUUAUGCACAGCAUCAGACAAACGAAAAGACAAACAUGCAGCAAUAAGAUUCAGAUAAUUAUGCAAAACAAGGUCACUUCCUCUGUGUGUGUGUGUGUGUGUGUGUGUGUGUGUUGGAGUGUGUGUGAGGGUUGAUCUGUGCAGGUGUGCAGAGCACUCGGUUUUCUCCCCUUUAGCUAUAUUAAGAAACGGCACAGAGAUUCAAAAAAGAUGAGGAACUGAAACACUCCCACAACCUGCUUCUCCUUUCUGCUGUUUUUUAAUUUACUAUAAAAGACCUGUGUGUCUGAAUGCUCUCAGACCUUCUCUGAUCAAGCAAGUGAAGACAUGAUGAUCCUGAACUCUGUGUCUGUCGCUGGGCUCCUCCUCCUCACCCUGACCGGUUUGGCGGCGUAUGAUUUGAGUCAGGAGAAGUCCAAAUCGGCGAAAGAGGGUGACAAGGUGUCCAUACUCUGCACUGCGGAAAAUGAUAAAUAUUACAUUUCAUGGUACCAACAAAAAUCCGGUGGUCCUCCUGAGUUUCUGCUCUGCAAUGACAACAGAGCGAGCGGAUUACCUGGCAGGUUCACGUACACUGACUCGGGCAAUCAAGAUUAUCUGAACAUCGAAGGAGUGAGAGCUGAAGAUGAAGCGGUUUAUUACUGUGCUUGUGUUAACUGUGGAGGAGCACAGUUGAUAUCAGAUCGUCCAUCGUCUCCUCCGUCCCUGCUUCUUCUCGCUCCAUCCGGUUCUCCGCUCUCUGAAGGUGAUGUCAGUGUGAUGUGUGUGGCUCGGGGCUUUUACCCCGACAGUGUCACCAUGUCCUGGUCUGAGAACAGCAGCAGCGUGACGGGUGACGAGGCGCAGACGGGUCCGCCUCGGCGUCAGGCCGACGGCACGUUCUCCCGGACCAGCGUCCUGAAGCUCAGUAAGCAGCGCUGGAGCUCCGGGAGAACCUACACGUGCCGUCUGAGUCACCCGGCGCUUUCCACACCGCUGAGCCAAAGCACCAGCCUGGACGAGUGCGUGUAGAGAGAUCUCACAGUGCUGAAAUACCAACAAACAUGCAUUUCAGAUUUCCACUUGUUCUUUAGAAGCUUGCUUUAGAUCUGUCUCCAGCUGGAAAGUAUACAAUAAUAAAGUUAUACUUGA